AUGAAUACCACACAUGAGGAUGCCGUUCUCAGUUUUGACUUAGAUUUUCUUCAUCCAACCGCAAACAACAUUCCGGUUCAAGCACUAAAACAAAGAUACAUUGGACAGAUAAAAAAAAGAAUUAUUAGAGUAGAUGCUCUUAACAGUCAUUACAAUUCUUUAAAACUGGAUUUGUGUAGUAAAAAUAAAGAAUUGGACUUAAUUAAGAAGAAACUAGAGUCUACAAACCAGGAACACACACAAACUAGUUUGGAGUACAAAGAGAUCCUAGAAAAUUUUUCAAAGUGCGAAAUGGAGUGUCAAAACCUAAAAACUGCAAUAAAUAAUUAUCAAGAAAAGUAUUAUGAUGCAGAAAACCGUGUUCAGGCUGGAAAGUCACAUGUAGUGCAAUUACAGCAACUUGUUAAAGAAUAUGAAGGUAAAAUUGAUAGUUUACAACAAAAUGAGAGGAGAAAUAAUGAAAAAGCACUAAGGGAAAGUAUAGAAAAGGAAUUGCUACAGUGGAAGAAAAAGUAUAAAAAGGAAAUUGGGGAAUGGCGUACAAAAUAUGAGACUUUACGCAAACAAAUCCAAGAAAUAAAAACUGGCACAGGCAAGUUGAAUAAGCAGUCAGCACCAAAAAGUGAAAAGAUAAGCAGUAAAAUUAUAUGCGAUUCCAUAACUCAUGAUGACAAUAGUGAAAAUGAAGAUGAAGUAUCCCUAGAUUAUACAUCGCAAUGUGACACACAGGAUUCACUGCACAAUAAAAUUGAGAAUACUCCCAGCUCCACUACCAAUAAAAAUAAUACACCCAUGGAAGUUGAUAGUGAUUAUAAAAUUGAAAGAGUAAGUGUUGAUACUGGUUGCGGUUCUUCUCUUGCUUCUUCCGAUAACGAGAAAUGGUUAAAUAGCCCAGAUUACUAUUUUAGCCCUAUAAAUGGAGAAGGCGUGGAUAAAAUUCGUUCUAGCAAAUUAGUCGAUAUUGCUACUAGUCCUGUAUUGCCUGUAAAAGUUAGUGAAAUAGCAACUAGCCCUAUUCCAUCAGUGGUAAUGGUCAAUAUGGCAAUCAGUCCUAUACCAUCAGUGGUAAUGGUUAAUGUGGCGAUCAGUCCUAUACCAUCAGUGGUAAUGGCCAACGUAGCAACCAGUCCAAUAAAUAUACAAUCUGAAACAUGCAAAGAGUCUGAACAUCAAACAGAAUUAAAUAUAAAUAAUGUAGAUUUAACUGAGCCCAAUAAUAAUAUCGUGGUUACAGAGGUACAUUGUCCUGUUCAAAUUAUAGAAAACGCGCCGCAUAGUGUCAUUCAUGAAAAAAGGUCUGAGACAAUUGUUCAACAUAUAACUGAUAUAGAUUUAAGAGAAAAACGAGCAAAGGAUUACUUACAGUUAAACAGCAGUAAUAAUCUAGAAGUGGAUUAUAACACCGACCGUGAAAUAGAAAUGAUAUUAAGCAAAAUGCGAUUGGAUCAUGAACUUAUAACACCAAUCCCAAAAACACCUAAGAAGAUUGGGAUGAAAUCAGCAGCAUCACAAACUCAUCACGAUCAGGCUGAAUAUUUAAGUCAUUGUACGUGCGCUGAUUCAGCUAUAGCGAAGAAUGUGUCAGAAGCAGCAAGAGAAGAUGCUGCGCAAGCAAAAGAAGAUAUAGCAAAAACAAAGAAAAGUCAAAAAGUAUUAAUAUCGAAUUUGGCUAAAGUGAUGAAAGAAAUGUUUUAUAUUAAAUCUUUUCUUAAAAGCCGAUUUUCUGCGCCUGGUACAGCAUUGGAACAUCUAAAUGAUUCAACACCCGAAAAAGACUUGUUUGAAAAUGUUUCUGGUGUCAAUUUCAAUUAUGAUUACCAUAAUUUAUUUGAAUCAGCAAACUUAUCAGAUAAUUCAAUAAAACAAACAGAAUCAGUUAAGUUACCAACCUCUUCGAAAUUAGCGCCUGAGUCUCUUAUAACAGUAAUAUCCGAACAAAUUAUAAAACCCGCUAAUAUAGACCAUUUAAGAGAGAAACAAGUUGCAAACGAAAUUUUGGCUCAUCCAGUGCAGGAAAUAGUAUCUGAAAAGUGUAUUAAGCAAAAUGGGAGUCCUAAAAGAAUAGAUAGUGUUAUGUGUUUAAACAGUAGCGCAGAAAAAGAAACUGUAUCACCAACUAAAGUAGCCAAGGGGCGAAGUGUUAGAAAAUUAACAAAUUUAGCUAAAUACAGAAAUAAAUGUGAGGUUCGGAAUUAUAAGAUUAGAAGAGAAACACCACCGUUAAAAAAACUGCAUAUCAAACCAAAACAGGUACCUUGCCAUGAUGUUAAAAAGGUAACAAAAAAUGACACCUCUGCUACACUCAAUGAUGAACAAGUUUACGCUAAAGCUGUAAAAGUAAUGGCUGAGCUAAAUGCUGUGCCCACCAAAGAUUCUGUAGAUACCGUGCUUACUACAAAAAUUCAACAGAAAAUAACAGCGGUAAACGAGCAUCAUAGUGCUGCUGAAUGUAAAACAGAUUUGAAAUCUGGUUCAACUCAACCAAUAUUUUCUUCUGGGUUCACAUCUCCAAUACCGAAGAUUAUUUCUCCGAUACCAGAAACAACACCACCAACAAUAUCACGUAGACGUUCUAUCAGAUCCUCAAAGUUAAUUGAUCCGUCUCCAAAUAUUGCAAGCACAUCUCCAGAUCUUACUAUUACGUCAUCGAUACCUGUUUUACGAUCUCCGAAGCCAACUAUUGUAUCUUCGACCCCUACGAAAAGAUCGCCCUCACUUGUAACAUCAUCUCCGACAACGUCGAUCACUUCUCCCAGACGUUCGAGUCGACUCUUGGAGUUUGCUGCUAUAUCGCCAAAAAGUACAGUUACAUUGCCAAAAUCACAUAAUGUUUCUAAGCGUUUGUUUAUGUCAUCAUCGCCUCCGACUAUUACUUCACCAAAACUUGGAACAGCGCCAUCAAUAACUGCAGAUACUAGUAAAAAUGUCGGCAAGUUUGAAACAACUUUACCAGACCAGAAUUCUGUUUUAUUAACUCCGACAAUUACUUUACCAAAACUUGGAAAAGCACCACCAAUAACUGCAGGUAUUAGUAAAAGUGCCGACAACUUUGAAACUACUUUAACCAACCAGAAUUCUCUUCUAUUAACUCCGACUAUUACUUCACCAAAACUUAGAAAAGAACCACCAAUAACUGCAGGUAUUAAUAAAAAUGAUGGAAUUUAUUUUGAAACUACUUUACCGAAACAAAAUUCGAUUUUAUUACAAAAAGACUUAUCUAUAAACAGACCGGUUCAAAGCGCAGAGAGAAAACGUAAAUUGUCCAAUAGUUCUGACAUACAAAGUAAGAGAGUAUUGCGUAGUAGUGUGAGUCAAAGCUUUAAUACCAAAGAACAUGACGAAAGCUAUAAAGAAGUUUCUCCUGCUGGUAUAUCGGCUCAAGAAGAUAUAUCUUGUCAUCCUAAAGAAAGUAUCUUGUGUUCUAUGAUAGAAAAAUAUGGCAUAAGUAAAGUAAGGCCUGUUGUGCGACAUAUUCCAGAUGCAGUCUUGAAAAAUGUAAAUAGUAAUAUUGAACAAUAUAUGUCGCGAAUACUUGAAGGGCCGAUUAAUAAAGAUAAUGCUAUGAUGAUCGAAUUAGUAGAGGAGUGUAAAACAUAUGAUUAUAAAAUUUUUGUGGCUGGUCUUACAAAAUAUCUUACAAAUCCAGAAAGGAAGAUUGAGUUGUUUGGAAAAAUAGCAUCCCCACCUGCUCCGCAAAUGACUAAGUCUGAGGCCGUUCUCCUUUUCGUAAUAAGGCAACUUAGAACUCAAUGGCGGCCAGUUGAUACCGUCGAAACUCUGCUAUCCAGUCUAGAACAUACCUUAUUCAAGCUAAACCGAACACCAGAGUUUGAAGUUAUUGAAAGUGUGUCGCAUUUUUAUGCUCUACUUUGUAGAUAUUUUGGUCUACAGAGUCGUCUAAAAGUGUUCAUGCUUGAUGCUAUGUAUUGUAUUCUGUACAAAUCUGCACCGCUUAUUAAAGAGUGCUUGGAAGUGUGGCCUCACAUCAUUCCAUUAGCACACAUGACUGCAGCCAAAACCCCUUUAAUUACAAUAUUUGUAUAUCUUUUACAUUUCUACAAGUGUGAAGACCGGUUUUCUAGAGUACAAGACAUCAGAAAUAUAUUACAGCGGAAGUAUUCGUAUCAAGUGACGGAGUGGAAUGAAGGGAAAAUUUUAGAGUUAGUUGGAAAUUCGAUUAGUGAACUAAGAGAUAUUCCAUGUGAAAAGAAGAUGUUACGAAUUGCUAUAAUCAUACUUGCUAAGCGCAAUGGUCCGAAAUGGACUCAAAACAAUAUUAUAAAGCGAUUGUUUCAAUUUAUAGAAAAAGAAAGUUUACCCGAGCAUAUAAUAACGUUCUGUGUUUCGCUAAUUGGACCACUCAUAAAACCUUAUCCUAUUGACAUGAAAGUUCACUGUGAAAUUGCUCUAAAUCAACUUUUGAAUGUUCUUAACACAAUAGCGUCAAAAAGAACCAAAGAGGCAUCCAUUAGUAGCAUGCUAAUUAUGAGUCGACAUAAUGCACAACGAGUUAAUGAAAUACUACUAAGUAGAAAAAUGGAGAUCAUGUCACCUGAACUAGCAGAAUUGUUUCGUAUAUAUAUUAGAAUGAAACCUUUAAAUACGUGGUUAAAAAACUUAUCGCGACCGUCUAAUUCAAACUAA